UGGGCAAUCCGACAUAAUAUUACACAUGCAGCUCUAAAAGAUCUCCUACAAAUAAUCAAGAGACAGUAUGAUUCUAGUUUAUUUAUCGAUGCUAGAACAUUAUUAAAAACGCCACAAAAUACGAAAAAAAGUUGUAAAGUUAUACAGGGUGGAGAAUAUUGGCAUCAAGGUCUUGACGUUUGUCUAACGAACACUUUUAAAAACUUGUCAAAAGACAUGUUAAUACAGCUCAAUGUAAAUAUAGAUGGGUUGCCAAUAUAUAAAAGUUCCAAACGUCAGUUUUGGCCAAUUUUAUGUAGCAUAUAUGAAAUGCCUGAUAUACAAGCUAUGAUUGUUGGCAUUUUCCAUGGAAAUAACAAGCCUCUAGAUAUAAAUGAAUUUUUGGAGCCUUUUGUUGAGGAUGUUAAGCGGCUGCAAUCAAAUGGACUCUGUGUUAAUGGGCAUAUGAUUCACAUAAAAAUUAGAUGCUUUAUCUGCGAUUCACCUGCACGGGCAUUUAUUAAAGGUGUAGUCAAUUUCAAUGGGAUUAAUGGAUGCCUUAAAUGCACUACUGAAGGCGAAUAUUCUUAUCUUUCUCGAACUGUUGUAUUUCCUGAUAUAAAAUGUCCUCUUAGAACUGAUGCAAAAUUCAGAAGUAAACAUUAUGGUAAGCGCCAUAAAGGGCAAGAGUCACCAAUUUUGAAAAUUUCCGAAGUUGACAUGGUGCAGGAUUUUAUAGUAGCAGAUGAACUACAUCCUUUAGAGCUAGGUGUGAUGAAGCGUUGUCUAACAGGAUGGAAAGAUGGUUCUAUGGGUUUCUCAAGUAAGCUAUGUGCUCGUGAUAUUGAGAGGAUCUCCAAACAUUUAAUAUCUGUGAAACUUCCAUCUGAAAUUCAUCGUUCCACAAGAGGAUUAGAUUGCCUGGCAUACUGGAAAGGAGUAGAAUGGCGCAAUUUUCUUAAUUAUAUUGGAAUUGUUAUUUUAAAAGAUGUGUUGAACACUGAUGUUUAUAAACAUUUUUUACUUCUUUUUGUUGCUGUUAGAAUAUGUUCUUCUGACAUGUAUGCUGAAAAUCGUUCGGUUGCCCAAUUAAUGUUUGAAAAAUAUAUAGAUGAUUUUAAGAUUAUUUAUGGCGUACAAUUUAUUACAAGCAACAUUCAUAACUUAGAACAGGUGGUUGAUCAUGUUAAUAGAUUUGGACAACUUUUUACAGUAUCUACGUACCCAUUUGAGAAUACAUUAUUUCAACUAAAAAAAUUAUUGCGCCAAGGAAAUAACAGUUUGCAGCAAAUUGUUAAUAGAAUUGGCGAAAGAAAUUUAAUAUUGAGCAAUGAUACAAAAAAGACAAGUUUACAGCCAGAAAUUAAGAAAAGGUGGAAUGUUAUCAAGUGCUACAUUUAUUCUCAUAAUUUUUGUUUAAGUAAUGUUUUCAAAAAUUCAUGGUUUUUAACAAAUGACAAUGACAUUGUUCAAAUGAAUUCUGCAUCAGAAAAAGGUGGUAAAAUAUUCAUACAUGGAAAAUCUGUUAAGAAAAAAGAAGAUUUCUUUAGUUAUCCCAUUCGAUCAUCAAAUUUACACAUAUAUAUUUGCAACAUUACUAUCACUAUAAAAAUAGGAAAAACAAAUAAAUUUUGAUCUCCGUUUACAGACAAGACAGUAUUUUCGCGGUAAAUCCCAGGAGUGUUUUGUUCUGCUAAUAAUCAAUCUCAAUUCAGCUAAAAUUUAGUGAAUGUGGCGUUGUUUACUUUUGUAGCAAGUAUUCAGAAGUUAUUCAACUAAAAUUCCGAUAAUUAUUUUCAGCUUUUGUUCGACAAAUAAACAGCGCUUCUUCAAAUUUAUUUCAGCUGUUGUUCAGCUUCCAAAGCUUUUCAUUUAUACAAUAAAAUACACAUGUUUGGUAAGUGCCAGAUUAGCUCAGUGGGAUAGGCAGUGAUAUAUAGAUCGAGAGGUAGCAGGUUCAAAUCGCACAGAAGACACUAUAAAAUAAAAAAGUAAGUAUUACGAUUUUAAAUAAAAUAAUAAAAUAAGUGUGAAAUUGAAGUUAAAAGAAAGCUAAUGUCGAUAAUAAAUCGUAAUAAAUAUAUAAAAAAAA